AUGUCUUCGGAACAAGUGUUGGUAGAGAAACUCUUCCGGAUAUCGGCCGUUGUUGCGUUGGACAUUUCUUCCCAAAAAACUCUCUCCUUUGAGAGAGUUCUCCAGUUUAUGGACAACAAUUUCAGUUUUGCUCCUUUUGAAAAAGUGGCAGCUAAUUAUAACGAUGAUGACAUCUUUAAUUUAUUGUUUGAAGGAGAAUCCGCAACAUGGUUCAAAUACAAUGAACAAAACGACCAAAUCACGUUGGUCAUCCAACUUCCAACAUUUGUUGUACCAAAUUCUCAAUUUAAAAACGAAACAGACUUACUCUUGCAUUGCCCUACAUUGAAUUUGGCAAAAGCUUUUACCAUGAAUUCUAAAAUGCGAAGAAUUGGCAAAGUGUUGAGAAAGAUUAACAAAUUGGUGAGUCAUAACCGUAUCACGGCAAAACCACCGAUUAAUCCACAAGCAUCAGUUCCCAACUCUCAAAAAGAUGACGUGAAAAUUGUGAACUCGUCAGCUCUUGCCACUGAAUUCUCGAACAUUUUUGUUCAAAAGACCUUUCCAAAAUUAAUCGGAUUAGACUGUGAAGGAGUUAAUUUAGGUUCUAAUGGAAGACUGUCAUUGGUUCAAAUAUCGGUCAAUGGAACUCAGUAUCUCUUCGACUUGCAAGCUGCUAAGAACGACAAAAAGCUGUCAGCAGAUAUUAUCAAUGCCCUUAGCAACAUUCUUACCAAUGAAGCUGUUGUGAAAGUUAUCCAUGAUUGCCGUAAUGAUAUUUUGGCACUCUACAAGAGUUAUGCAAUUAUUGUCAAGUCUGUCAUGGACACUCGUCUUCUCUAUCAAGAAAUUACCAAGUCAACGAAGGAUAUUUCAUUCAACGAAUUGUGCAAGAUAUAUAGCAUUCCUGAAAACCCAUUCAAAGAGGUUGGAAAAAAGCUUCACAAAAAUGGUAGUUGGUGUAGUAGGCCUCUCACUGACCUCAUGAUUAGAUAUUCUUCUGCUGAUGUGAGAUAUCUCACACAACUCUAUUUGACCAUGAUUCAUUCAGUUCCUGGACCCAUGUUAGAAAAAACUUUCAAAGCAGUGUUAACUAAGGUUACCAAGUUGGUAGAAGGAGUGAUCAAACCAAUUCCUUCUUCAUCAAGUGCACUUUUCAACAGUGUUGGUCAUAUGGCCACAACAAGUUCUACCACACAAUCCAUUCACACCAAAGAAAACCAAAGUGACUUAUCCAAAGUACCUGUAUCUAACACUUUACAAGUGUCAGGAGCCACUUCAACCACAAAUACUCCUCCACCCAUCACUGUUUCUCAACCAACUUCUUCAAAUCAUAGCUUUAAAUUGGAAAUCGUGAAUCAAAUUUACACAUUUCUUGACCUCUUUCCAAAAAGAAUUCAGGAGAAAAUUUCAAAAGUGUCAGGAAUUGAAGUGAACAGUUUAAUAGAAGUUGCAAUGGACAAGGGAAGACCCUAUGAAUUGUUUUAUUAUCACAAACAAACUUCAUUCUAUGAUCCCACGUUCAUUGUACAACAGGAAGAUAUUGACGAAAUUACCAAGAAAUUAUCAUUCGGGAGUGACAAUCGAGCUGGUAUGGAUGGAUCGCUUCACAGAAUUAGCGCCAUGGUAAAUCGAGGUGGAAACAUUAUUGGGCUCACUCUUCGAGUGGGAAGAGCUGUCAUUGGUCGUGCAAAAGUAUUUUCUGAUUUUAUUGAGCAAGGAAAGAGUGUACUCUUGCUUGGUAGACCCGGAUCUGGAAAAACCACUUUUAUUCGAGAUUUUGCAAGAAAUUUAUCAGAAAAUAGAAGAGUGGUUGUGGUAGAUACGUCAUGUGAAAUUGGUGGUUUUGGUGAUAUUCCACAUGUAGCCAUUGGUAAGGCAAGAAGAAUGCAAGUUUCAGAUAUUAGAAAGCAACAAGAAGUCAUGAUUCAAGCUGUUCAAAAUCAUACUCCUGAAGUCAUUGUCAUUGAUGAAAUUGGAACCAAAGACGAAGUCAACACUGCUCGCACCAUAGCUCAGAGAGGUGUUGUGUUGUGUGGAAGUGCACAUGGAGAUAUGAAAUCAAUUUUGAAAAAUCCAGUAUUGUGUGAAUUGUUAGGAGGUGUGGAGAGUGUCAUUAUGAGCGAUCGCAAUGCAACAAGUGAUGGAGAAAAGAUGCGUCUCCAAUUGAAAGCAGAUCCAAUUUUCGAUGUUAUCAUCCAACUCCCAGACGAUCCUGCUUUGAAUGAGUGGAAAAUAUUUACUGACCUCAAAUCAACAGUUCAAAACAUUUUAGCGAAACGACCUUACCAAAUGGAAAUCCGAACACUUGAUGUCAAUUCCAAUACGUUGCAGUCCUCUCACAUCACUGUGGAGUAA